AUGCGCGCCGGAAAGAUCUAUCGUUACGGGCGCUGCUGCGGGAAAGAGGAGAUCGGAUUUCCGUACGCUCUGAACGAUUACGUGGAGUGGAUCAAAUACGACACUUCGGUGUUCGCCACGAUGCGCAGCGAUGGUGCUAUUGCCGCUAAACGACCGCCAAGACCAUCAUCAGUUCGUUUGAUUUCUGGUCGACAGGAUCCAAGGCGAGAAUAUCAUAUGAACGCACGUGAGAACAGCAUGAGUCAAGAUGCACACAACGACAGGGAGGCUAAACUGGGAACCGAGUCACUGCUGCUGCAACACAAGAGGUCUCCAAACGUCCGCUGCGGUUCGAUGGCGCUUCAGCUGAGGAAUUCGAGAACUUACACCGAGUAA